CUUUAGGAUACAGCAGGCUGAGAGUGAGGGAGGAGGAGAGGGACAGAGAGCUGGAUGCUGACAGAUCCCUAAUAGAUGGUUAAAAUGGCGAAAGCGUGUUCGACCCCAGCGAGCCACCGGAGCGUCGCCCCGUAGGUCGGGACAUGUCGUAGCCGCACGAAGCUGGAUACCUGUGUGUUUUGAUCGGGGUUUUUUUCUUUUCUUGUGCGUGUCUUUUUGUUUUUGCAACCCUCGUGUGUCCACCGCACUUUGUUUGCUGCAUGUGCUGGGAUAUUCCAAGUGUCUUCAUGGCACCCACAAGGCGCCGCCGCCUCGUCCUCUGCUUGUUGGGAGCGCUCCUCAACUCUUUGACCGGUGUGAAGUGUGAAGCGGAGCUCUCCUUCACCCUGGAGCCCAGCGACAUCAUCGCUGUACAGGAGCAGCCCCUCAUGCUCCACUGCCAGGUGGACGGCAUCCCCCCCAUUACGACACAGUGGAGGCACAACGGCCUCCUUUUAUCUCAGGACCAGCAUCACACCACCUUCAUCAAUGGCUCGCUCCUGAUCGGUCACUUCCAGAAAACCAAGUCCGAUGGCUCGUCUGAUGAGGGCGACUACGAGUGCGUGGCCGAGAACUCCUUUGGGCUGGUGGUGAGCCGUAAGGCCCGCAUUCAGGCAGCCACCAUGGCAGACUUCCAUGUCCAACCAGAUUCCGUUCAUGCCGAGGAGUCCGGCGUGGCCAGAUUCCAGUGCCAGAUCCAUGGUCUGCCAGAGCCUGUCAUCAGCUGGGAAAAAGACAGCCGUCCGGUGGACACCAAGGACGAAAGGUACACCCUGCUGCCCACGGGUGUUCUGCAGAUUACUGGAGUGCAUGAGGAGGACAGCGGAAGGUUCUGCUGUGUGGCCCAUAACAGUGCAGGGGUGAAGCACAGCACUGAGGCAAUCCUCGCUGUUUCAGGCUCCCAGUCAUCUGUCUACAAAGAGCCUAUGAUCCUGGUCGGUCCAGAAAACCUCACCCUCACUGUUCACCAAACCGCCAUCUUGGAGUGCAUUGCAACUGGAUACCCCCGGCCCAUCGUGUCUUGGAGCAGACUAGAUGGCCGUCCCAUCGGUGUGGAGGGAAUCCAGGUGCUCGGCACAGGGAAUCUGAUGAUCUCAGACGUCAGUGUGCAGCACUCAGGGGUUUAUGUGUGUGCCGCUAACAAACCAGGGACGCGUGUUCGCAGGACUGCUCAGGGACGUCUGGUGGUCCAAGCUCCAGCAGAGUUUGUUCAACCUCCUCAGUCCGUCGCUCGUCCUGUCGGCACCACUGCCAUCUUCACCUGCCAAGCCCAGGGCGAACCUGAGCCCCAGCUCACCUGGCUGAAGAACGGGCAGAUUCUGGAGCCUGGGGGCCACGUCAGACUCAGGAACAACAACAGCACACUGACGAUCUACGGCAUCAGCCAGGAUGAUGAAGCCAUCUACCAGUGUAUCGCAGAGAACAGCGCCGGCUCCACACAGGCCAGUGCCCGCCUCACGGUGCUCUGGGCUGAUGGACUGCCUGGUGUGCCGAGCCAGGUGCAGGCCGAGGCCCUCUCACCCACCACCAUCCAGGUGUCCUGGAGGGAGCCCGAGCAGAACACUCCGGACAUCAUUGGAUAUGUGCUCCACAUCCGCAGGACCUCAGACCCAGUGGAGAUGGAGUACGAGGAGGCCGUCAGUAAGGUGACGCUGCAGCAGAUCAUCAGGGACCUGGAGCCCUCCACCAGUUACACCUUCUACGUCAAGGCGUACACAUCCCACGGGGCCAGCAAACCAUCCGACAGUGUGACCCAGAGCACUCAUGGGGAGGUGCCAGCGCCUCCUUCCCUCCACACCAAGGUAGUGAAUAGCAGCUUUGUCCAAGCAACGUGGGAGCCUUCCUCCAAGAUGGGCCCACAUCAAGGCUUCAGACUGUACUACAGAAGAGCCCACACACCGCUGUUCACCGGCCCCAUCGCCUUCCCCCGCAAUGUCACCCAGUACAACAUCACUCAGCUGGAGCCCACACUGGUCUAUGAGAUCAAACUCCUUGCGUACAACCAAAACGGAGAUGGCAAUGCCACUGUGCGAUUUGUUUCACUCCGGGAGGCAGUGGAGAAAUCUGUUUUGGACGCCCCGUGUGACUGCAUCAAAGACGAACAGAGUAAAACAUCCACUACAGGCAUUAUAAUCGGCAUCCACAUCGGAGUCACGUGCAUCAUCUUCUGCGUGCUCUUCCUCGUCUUCAGCUACCGCGGCAGGUUAAUGAUGUGUAAGACAGUUCAGGCAACCCCCCAGGCAGGACGCAGCGCUGUGCUCGAAUCCUCGUCCUCCUCCCAGGGCGCCGCCGGGCUCAACGGGGCUGUCAGGAGAGAGAUGGAGGUCAACGGCAGGGCAGCCGGCAAGAAAGUGGUCGACAACAACGAGCUUGAGAAACUUUUCACUCAACCCAACUCACAAGACUCAUGCGUGUCCGGCGCCUACGUAUUGAACGAAACCCAGCUGUCUACAAUACCACUGGACGAGUUCGCAGUGGAGCGGGACACGGAGACGCAAUUCCAGGAGCCUCCUGCAGCAGGAGCGUGUCAGCAGGACCAAGGCUAAUCAUGUAUGAAGGCUGAUUCACACGACACUGUCCACAGUGUACACUUAGACUCUUCACUCACUCAGGUUGAACAGUGUUUCCUUUUAAAAGUAGUUGUUCCUUUUGUGCAAAGAUUUUUUUUUUUUUAUUGGUAAGUUAAGGAGGAUCUAGGACUGUGUGUUUUGGGCCUGGUUCUGGAGAGCACUCUUCUGAUGGGAGGCUGGUUCAAUCUAGGCAGGCCAGUUAAAUGUCCUUUAUUUCCACAAUUUGGUUGGUUGCAGGGCUGUCACCUUUUCGGUCAAGUUGGAACAAAUUCAAACACAUAAUUCAUUCAAAAUAAUUCCAAAUGUAAAUUGUUAUUGUGAGGGAGUAAGGCAGCUGUUGUUGUCACCAAACCAGCCUUAUUUGCGUUGGUGACUUUGUAUCAAUGGUGUAGAAGCCAAAAUACUUCCCCACCACGCUUCAGACGCCAAGACAACAGGGCUGCAAAUCCUCCAGCUUCUUUUGUUUUUUGCAGUUUGUUACAGUUCAGACGGUUAUUAGGAGGGAAAAAAAGUUCUAAUUUUGAACAAAAAGUGACAGCCCUAGUCGUUUGUUAAUUUUCUGGUGUUGGGCAGCACAGAGUAGAGGGCCCAGAAUGUCCUUGUUAUACGAUAGUAAUUUUAUUUUUAAGUUUAGAGAUAUAUACAGUAUAUAUAUAUAAAUACAUAUAUAUCUUUAUCAUCUAUAUGUCAAAAGUGGCUAUAAGUUAUUGGUCUUAUUUCGACUUUUCUGUGGAUGUCAAAGACUCCUGCUGCCUGCUCUCACCUACCAAUGAUUCCACCCCCUCGCUCACAGGAGACCUCAGCCUUCUUCCAGGGAUUUGUUAUAUUCUGUCUCAGGACUUUGUUUCAGCGGUAUCAACAUUUUCUGUAAGUUCUCGGCCUUCAUACAGGAACUAGACUUGGCUGCGUGAACUUAGCGAUUCAACAAAAACCUACCUCAGCCGGAAUGAAUGUGUCGCGGGAAGCUUUUAGGGACUAUACCUUCCCCUGUGCUCACAAUUACUUUACAUGCGGAGGAACUGAUUGGUUUGGAAAAAUGCAAGAUCUGGUGCCGCACUACCUCAGAUGUCAAGAAUCUUCUCUCUUCUCCUGCUUGUCGAAGCAAAACGAAAAAGAAAAAGAAAAAAAGAGUAUCCAACAUAAAGCACUUCCAAAUGCUGAAGUUAAUGUUCUACCUCAAGAUAACAAUGUUAAUGUUGUCACUGUUGUUGUUGUUUGUCUGUUAAUUGCAUAAUGGAAAAACCCUCUUUUCCUCACCCUGUGAAAUCCCUGCCUCCAUCUGCUGAUGAAUACAGUAUGGUGUUUGUGGAUACAAUGUCAGUACCUCAUACAAGUUGACAGACUGAUAACACUGUUGUAUGAACUAGGAGUAUGUUAGGAAUAUAUAUGUAUGAAUUAUGCUGUUCAAUUGUAAGUUUUUUUUCUUUCUUUUCUUUAGAUUUUAUUUUAUUUGAAAGCUCAUUAUACUUUUUUUUUUCCAAACGUAGUUGCUUCAGUUGAAUGAAAAGACCAUUAGAGAUACACUGCAUUGCUAAUGAUAUUUUCAGGACUAUUUACUGCUGAAUGAGGUGUGACGCAUAAUGUACAAUUGGCCAAGAGUCAAAACAAUAUAAUAUACGGACAUCAUGCUGUACGUGUUUAAAAUUAGCUGUGUUUGUGUGUGUGUGUGCGUGUGCGUGUGCGUGCGUGCGUGAAGAUAUUAUAUUGACUGAAUGUAUGUUUUCAUAUUAUGAUGUGAAAAAAAAACCCAGACAAAAAUGAAAAGUAAGCACAAAUCUUACCAAAAUGUCCCGAAAUAUGAUUCUACCAUAGUAGUAUUUAACUGUGGUAGUUGACAUUUUGGAAAAUACACUUAUUGGCUUUCUCGCUGGCAGUUAGAUGAUACCACUCUUCUGUCUAUUAUGAAGCGAUGCUAAUGGGUCUAAUACCCUAGCUUAGCAUGUAUGAUGCAUUCAAUAACUUGCCUAAAAUAUCCCCAAAAAUCGUAACUUGUUUUGUCUUAAUUACUGUUUGCGUACAGAUAAAACAAACAAGAUGUAAAAUAUUAAUUAUUGAGCUUCAGUAGGCAGAUCUUUUAACUUUGAACUGAGCCAGACAAGAUGUCUCCCUUUGCUUCAUGUCUUUAUGCUAAGCUGAUUGCGCCCUGCCAAAAAAAUAUUUAACAGAUUGAAAUGAGAGUUGUAUCAAUCUUCACAUAUAACAUGUAGUUGAAAGCGAAUACACGUAUUUCCCAAAAUGUUCAAGCAUUCCUUCGACAACACCGAAAUGACAUUUUUUUCUCCCGAAAAGAAUGGAAAAAAAUAAGCUAUUCCCCAAAAUAUUGAACCAUUUCUUUGAUUUUAAUCGACAGCAGUGUAUCUCUAAGCUUUUCCUGAACAUUUGUUGCUGCAGUGCUCUUAGUGAUUUUCUUUCUUUUCAUGUCACGUAAUCUGCCUCCUUUUUAAACAAGAUUAGUAGCCUUUUACACUGCUGGUGCCCGGGACAUGUGACAGUUGCUGAUCAUGCUUGUCUAUCGUUAACUCUCUUCCCAAAAAAAAAGCUGGUUGGCCUUCUCCAUGCUGUCAACACUGACUAGUCAAAGCACUUCAGGAACACAUGUAUAUAAUGACGCUGUAUGACGACAGCCACAGAGAACCGGCCCGAGAGAGAGAGAGAGAGAGAGAGAGAGAUGGUCACUCGGUGGCUAAAUGAUCGCAGGGUUUCUCUCUCAGGCCUCUCUGCUCGGUGUCGUCACAUACUGAUCAGGACUGAUGUUUACAGGGAUUAAAGUUCUCAGUCGCUUCGAUGGAUUUCCAUCAGUGGAAUUCCAGAGGCCAUAUACGAGAUCAGUGUAGCUCUGAGGGGUUAAGAAGAAAAGGGGAUGAGGGAGUGACACAGUGAGCAAGUGCAGCCUCUGUAUGAAACAGAGAGAUGUAAAUCGUAGGCUGCACAACGUUUUCCUCCGCUGCUUCCACCUUUUUAUACAGAACAUUUAUGGUAAUUGACCACUGAGCUUCUGACUGCCAGACAAAAACCACAGAAUACGUAUUCACGUUUUUCAAAACAUUUUAUUAACAUUAUUACUUUUUGCCAUUGACCAAUUAUACAAACUAAUGUCUGGUUGCCUAAAUCAUUGUCCCAAUGAUCGACCCAACCCAGCACCCCCGCCCGCCCCCUCACUGAGAAGAUUUUCUCUUUAAUCCCUGUAAUGAACCUACCUCAACCCUGUUUUUGGCCUUUCUCUCAGGUCUCAAUGAAGGAAGCAUGCAGAGUACGAACAAUGGAGUAGAGUGAUACACAUACAAACAUAGAGCAUACACGUAUAUAAUUGUGUAUUUAUAUAUAUAUAUUUCAAUUGUUGAAAUAUGCUAAACAGAAGAAAAAAAAAGCAGAAGCAAAGGGACACGAACCUACAAAUGGAGGGAGAACUUUUUAGGACCUUUAUCAUGUGCACUAACUAUUAUAAUGGUUCAUCUACAUACUUAGUUUGUAGUGGGUGUGAAUGGUUAUCAGAUUAUUUUUUUAUUGGUGUUUUUCUUUUCAUACCAGAAGCUUUUAACUUUAUUUUUUUUACUGGUGUUUUACUUUAUAUCCUCUGUGGAAAGUUUUUUAUCUGUGAAUGAAAUAAAUUGAGAAAAGUGGGAAAAAGUGGGUGGCACCUACAACUAGAACACACACACACACAGUUAAUAAUAAUAAUAAUAAUAAUAAUAAAUUUCACGAUCGGUUUAUUGAUUUCACUCUCUGGCUCCUGAGCUCAUCAUCUUAAUUAUGCUGCGUUCAUGUGAUAUCAUUGGGGGGUUUUUUAUGAGCAGCUGAAUGGGGAGAAAAAGGUUUUGUGAAUUUCCCUUUUCUGUGUUAAAUCAUUAUAUUUCCUCACAUGACCUCUCAGAUAGUUUGGAUGAAGCUUGUUUUCAGCCUGCCUGCCAGCUUUCUCUAUUUUGCAAAAGCAAAAAUAACAACAAUUGUCUAGUUUACCGAGCCAUACACUGUAUGUAUCUGAUUUCACACAAAAAAAAUGAUAAAAGCAAUUCUAAUCGUGUGAUUACAAGUGGUGCUAUUAUACUCUUCCAACACUUCCAAGUCAGAAUUACAGGUGGUUUUCUGGUGACAUUGCUUGAAUGCAGCAUAAGGUUCAAAAUGUGAAAAGAAAGAUUGGACAAAGUUUAAAUGCUUAUUUCAUUUAUUUUGGUCCAAUAUUCAGCAUCAUAGCUUCUGGCCAUCCACGACAUUCCAGAUGACAGUUGUACGUGUCCCCACUGCAGAGAAUCAACUGCAAUGUGUUAUGCAAAACCAACAUUAUACACAGUUUCCAUGUUAGUGAUCAUCGUAGGUACUGCAAUGUUAUGUCUUUUAAAGUAAUUGGUUUAUGCACAUUUGUCUGCAUAUGUUCUCCUUGCAUCCAUUUCCUCUAUUUAAUUGUACACUCUGGUGUUGAUAUCAUGUUACAAGUGUUGGAAAAACAAUAAUGGUACUUGGUCAAGAUAGCAGAAGAGAUGCAAACCCGACCGUAAUGUCCCCUGCUUGUAUAUUUAUUAACUACGAGUGUGAUUUGUUCUCUCCAGGCUUGCUGCAGGCUUAAAUCAGUGUUUUAACUUCCGUUAAGAGUAAUUUCACUGUGGAAACAAGUGAUGUGCUUUUCUUCUUUACUUCCUUCCUUCCUUCCUCUGUCCCUCGGUGUGAUUUAGGGUUAAUCUCCUGCAGGAAUUUGCCCACAUCUCCCCCGUGGAUGUGACAGGUUUUAGUGCCAUAACUGUUGAACCUGUCUCACCGGGAAUGUGGUGCAACGGCGAUUAUGUUUACGUGAUUAGACGUCGAUAGGUCAGGGUUUCGAAUCGAUGUAUUAUAUAGACCUUGUGUGAUUUAGUGGAGCCCUGAAAGCUGUUUUCACUGACUUGCUGUCACUCCAUCAGUAGCGGGGAUGUGAUGAUUCCUUCGCUGACACAGUGGGGGAAUAAAGGGCCUUUGUCAUAUGUAUUUUGCAGCCUUGGGAAGUGCUACAUCACCAAACUCUGUUCCUGUCAGUAAGCCAACCUCCCUUUCUCCUCCUUGAAGCCUGACCUUUGGACAGGGAGAGACUGUGCUCAGGGACUCUCUGAUCCUCGUGUUAUGUGUGAAAAAAAAACAGGCCACACUCAGGUCUUCUGGACUUCACAGGGUUUUCAUCCUAACAAUCUGCUUUUUGCCCAGUUCAGACACAUAUGCUGUGAGGGACGCCCUCUUUGUUUGUACCUUGACCAAGUACGAGUUGGCAGGACAAUGAGUAUUUAACUUUGUCAUCUGUCCCUUGUUUGCCGACUCCGUAAGAGAGAGAGAAAAAAAGGGAACAUUUCUCAGAAAGCAGUUCACCUUCCACCUGGGUGAUGCACACAGAGAUGAAGGGAUUACAAAUUAACACUAGGUUACUUUUUCCUUGAAAACAAUUAUGUGAGGCCUACGAAUCAUUUACAGUAAGUUCCCCCCCAAUUACCAUAGAAAUGAUCAGCUGUGCUUCUCCCUAUUAAAUUUGGAUAACUGCAAUCCUUUUGUACUGGACUAAAAGCCCUAGUUAUUGUGUAGAUUUGAAACAAUACAGGAUAUUGACUGAAGUGAUUUUUAAGCAAAACUGAAUAAUCAUUUGGUUUAAUUUUCUGGAGUUUUACAGACCAAACAAUUAAUUGAAUAGCAGAUACAGACAAUAAGCCUGAACCUGAGGUUCUUACAAAGACGGCAUCCUGGACUGGGCAUGUGCAGGAUUAGUUGAACCUUGAUUGUGUUGCCAGUACACGGCUCUUACUGUUAAAACUACACGUGUCUUGUGAAGUCCUCUCUUUUAAUAUGCAUUGACUGAACACAGGUAACCAGAUGAAGUCAGAAGGACAAGAUAAGCUUCUGGACGGUCUAGAUUGACACUGUAUCACUGCAUUUGUGUGUGUUCUGGAUACAAUGUACAAUGCUGUAUCAAUGGUGGGGACAUUUAGGAGACCUGAAAUAUCCCUACUGUGGUUUCCUGAAAAGUCCAAAGACUGACGACUCUAGCCUCUUCUUGAAAUACCCUUUACAUUCUGCGGUAUUGAUCAUUGUGGCACCAGACGACCGUCUGACAUGAUUACAAUUUGAUCACAUUUCCGAUGCAUUUAUCGCCAUGGCGUUCUGCUCCGAGACCCCGAUGACUGUACAUGUCAAAUAAUACUGAGUUUAACGAUUUCCCCCAAGUAAUUUAUUCUCUUGUCAAAUGGUGAUUUAUUGUAUCUGUAACUAAAUGUUUGAGAUCGGUAUUAUAUUUUAAUAUACCUUUGUCAAAGGAAGCAGAUUGAGUCCGUGGUAGUAGGCUGUAGAAAAACCUAUACAGUAGAUCUGCAUGAGAAGCGAAAAGCAUUAUUUUAGCUGAAAUGAGAAGUGUUAGUUAAUCAUUAUUGGACUUGUGAUGGUAACACUGUGAUAUUUAGCCCAAUGCUGGCAAAAUAAUGUUGUGAUCUCAAUAUGGUGCUAUUGUUUGGUCCUGUCUUACAUUGUCGGUCACUCUUUGAUGGUGUGUGUUGAUGAAAAUAGGUUGAGUGACCUUUUCCGUUGACAAAUCCAAACCCGUCUUGCCCCUCAUUGACACCUGAGGUCCCAUCAGCCCUGUUACCCUUGAAGUGACAACUUGUCUUCAUUUUCCUUCACAAUUCCAUCUUUGCUGGAGAAGAAUGCGUGUUCCGUAUUGAUGUUGUCAACACCGUCCAAAGCCGUUCAGCCACCCGUUAUUUGGCCCGCUGAAAUAAGAAAAGAGUUCCAGUAGGAUCGACUCAGCAGGCCAUGUGAGUCACAGUCUACACUUCUAGAAUACAAGCAAAGAGCUAUUUAGUCUAAAUGGGAAAACGACGCCGUCAUAUCGUUGCCAUGUCAGACUCCAGUGUGUGUGUGGGAAUGUUUCAUCUGCUCUCGCCCACUGUUGCCGGUUCGCAUUAAGAAUUUUACUCUAACGCUUAAACUGUUGAAGAAAAAAUAAAGUUUGAUCUCGAUCACUGGUUUAAAGCCCCUGAAAACAUUCUCUUAAUGGCUGUGAAGCAUUUCUCUAUAUCACUUAAUAUUUAUGAUCCAAUAAGUCAAAGAAAUCUAAGUUCAGGAAAAAAACCACUUAGUUAUUUAUAAUUAAAAAGUCAAAAACUAAUAAAUCUGGACAAACUGAGUCACGCCUCCUUUCAAACAACGAGGGGGCGAAAACACAAAUUACUAAAUCUCUUAUGUGAAAUCACCAAAUCCAGUCUGACCUUGGCAGAUUACGUUGUGCUCAUGUAGGACACGUGUAGCUCAGUGUAAGACACUGACUGAGAGUAAACUGAGUUAAAUGCAGUAGAGUCAAUGUGCUGGCUCCUAAUAUAAGAGUCAACCAGGAUUCAGAAAUUUAUAAAUUCAUCACUUGGACAUAUUGGCAAAACUACCUGCAAACUUCUGUGUGAGGCUGAGGAUGAGCUGGGCUGAUGAUGAGCCGGGCUGAUGAUGAGCCGGGCUGAUGAUGAGCCGGGCUGAGGAUGAGCCGGGCUGAGGAUGAGCCGGGCUGAUGAUGAGCCGGGCUGAGGAUGAGCCGGGCUGAGGAUGAGCCGGGCUGUAGUCCUGCGAGGCAAACAGGACGUAACUUCAAGCACAACAGAGUCCUUGUUUUUUCCCCAAAUUAAAAAAACCCACCUAAAUGACUUUUAUUUACUCAGUAUUUUAUUGUGGGAUAAAUAUUUCCUGCUUUUUUAAUCUCUUCCAGUUCAUGUUCUGAAGGUAAAGAGAAGGAAACUGGUCAACGAAACAUGUCAGUGAAAGAAAACACUUUUACCACCACAGUUCACUAGUUCACAGUCUGUCUGCCUGUCUGUCUGUAUGCCUGCCUGCCUGUCUGUCUGUCUGUCUGUCUGUCUGUCUGUCUGCCUGCCUGCCUGCCUGCCUGUCUGUCUGCCUUGUUCUUUGUCUGUCUGCUGAUGUCACUGCCUCUCUCUCUCUCUCUCUCAGCUCUCACUGUCUUGCCGUCUCGCCCACGGUUAAAUUCAGGUCAAUAUGAGAUGAUUUCAAUUCUAUAAGCGUUCUCAGAGCAUUUUCAGGGAUCACGACUGUAUAUGUUUACACAACGUUACUGUAUGUUUCUACACGCUCUCAAGACCAAGCUGUUCCAAUUAAAAACUCUGUAUACACAUCCACAUAUACUGUAUGUGUGUAUGUAUAUAUGUGUAAAAAGGCAAAACAGACCAUUUUAGUGGUUUGUAUUGUUUUAGGGUUCAUUGUGCAACAUUGAUUUAAGAAAAAUACAAUAACAGUGAUAAUAAACUAGCUCUAGUAAUAA